GCAUGAGCAUUGCAGCAGCAGCAGUAGUGAGCUCUCUGUAUGUGAUGAAGGAUGCAGUUGGAUUGCGGAGGUUCUCCGGCGGAGGGCACGAAAAACACCACACCAUCACGACGGCGGAAAAGGGAAGUGCAGACCUCCAGGGUGGGUGAUGCGAUCCAGAACGUCCGGGACUUAUCUUGCCACACACACACACACCGGUCGAUGUAUAUGCACCCACACAGAUGCGAGGUGAUUCGUCGGUGUUCCGCCGCCCCGGAAUAAGGAUGCAAGAAUGCAUACAUGGAGGAAAGAUUUGGAAACUCGGGCAAGCGUCAAGAUCAUUUGUCACUGCCGCGCAUGGAUCCCACCUGUGGCUCUGGCCGCGCAAAGAGGGGUCCUUCCCCAUUUCACACCCUGCAACCCAGAGACUGCACCGUAACCCCCAGACGGCCCUGCGUCAUCCAGCAGCAAAUGAGCAAGCCAACAAGGCAAUCUGCAGGGACGCAGAGGACUCCGGUCUCUCCAAGGAAAACCCUGUCCGCAGCGAGACACUCAUAUGGUAGCUUCCCCGACGGACGGCCGUUGUGUGGAACAUACAGAUUGCCAGUCCUCGAGCGGAUUGCGCAACUGUGCGGAUGGGCCACCGUCGCUGCAGCGGAGAUUCCCAUGGGGACUUUUCUUCCAGAGGACUUGCAUGAUGGCAUCGCUAUCGGCGGGACUGCAUCCAUGCCCCUGCUGGAGGAUGCCGCAGGGUCCAGCUGUAAGCGCUGUAAGGGCCAUCUCUGUAAGAUUCACAACGAGAGAGAAGUCACGCGAGCAACUGCGCCUAUCGAAGGGAAAUCCUUCGAAUUGAGGAUCUUCGCGACCGGGGGGCCGUGGUGAGGUGAGUACGGCAACGAGGGCCUAGCGGCAUGGCCGGCGAGUGCUGGCAGCUACGCAUACCACGCUGUGGGUGGUGGGCAUCCGACACUUUCCCGUCGUAACUCGUCAGCUCAAAUUUCCACCAGGCCUGAAGCCCCGACCAGAACCUGGACAGCCGCAGACACCACACCGGGUUACAGAGAUAGAUAGAAAACUUGCAUCCGACGAGCAGGAU